AUCUUGCGCUUAAUCCAGUCCGUUCAAUUCUUGACAUCCGAACACCCCGCCGACGCAGCCCUAGAUUCCGCAUUCCUCUGUCACCUCCGCGGCGCCGCCAGCCCGCCAUCACAUAACUUCGGCUUCUAUCCCUUCGUAAACCCUUCUCUCUUCUUCCCGCGGCCUGCUCGUUCUAUCUGUCCAGCAGACUUGAGGUUCCGAGCGGCCGGAAACCAGCGGCAACCGUCGGCAUGGCGCUCGUAUUGCAUUCUGGGGCUGGAAACAAAAAUGCCUUCAAGGCACUUAUUGCUGCAGAAUACAGUGGGGUCAAGGUUGAGUUGACCAAGGAUUUUGAGAUGGGUGUCUCCAACAAGACCCCUGAGUUUCUAAAGAUGAACCCCCUUGGGAAGGUUCCUGUUCUGGAGACUCCUGAUGGCCCUGUUUUUGAGAGUAAUGCUAUUGCGCGCUAUGUUGCUCGCUUGAAGGAUGACAACCCUCUUUUCGGGUCUUCCCGUAUUGAACAAGCCCACGUUGAGCAGUGGAUGGACUUUGCUGCAACAGAAGUUGAUCCUGGUGUUGGAUGGUACUUGUAUCCAAGGCUUGGGUACAUCCCUUAUGCUCACACGACUGAGGAAACAGCUAUUGCUUCAUUGAAGAGAUCCCUUGGUGCUCUGAACACACAUCUUGCCUUGAACACAUACCUUGUUGGACAUUCUGUUACUCUAGCUGACAUUGUAUUGACAUGCAACCUCUACCAUGGAAUUGCACGGAUCUUGACCAAAAGCUUCACUUCUGAUUUCCCUCAUGUUGAGAGGUAUUUCUGGACCAUGGUUAACCAACCUAAUUUCAAGAAGGUCAUUGGUGAGGUCAAGCAGGCAGAGUCUGUACCUCCUGUUCUUAAAAAGGGUGUUCCUCCUAAGGAGUCAAAGGCAAAGGAUGUGAAGAAAGAAACUCCAAAGGAGGCCCCCAAGCCAAAGGUGGUUGAGGUACCAGCAGAAGAGGAAGCACCAAAGCCAAAGCCAAAGAAUCCUCUUGACUUGCUGCCACCAAGCAAGAUGGUCCUUGAUGACUGGAAGAGGCUAUACUCAAACACAAAGACCAACUUCCGGGAGGUUGCCAUCAAAGGUUUCUGGGACAUGUAUGACCCAGAGGGCUACUCUCUGUGGUUCUGUGACUACAAGUACAAUGACGAGAACACCGUCUCCUUUGUGACCCUGAACAAGGUUGGUGGAUUCCUGCAGCGGAUGGACCUGUGCCGCAAGUACGCCUUUGGCAAGAUGCUCGUGGUAGGUUCUGAGCCACCCUUCAAGCUGAAGGGCCUUUGGCUCUUCCGUGGCCAGGAGGUUCCCAAGUUUGUAAUGGAUGAGGUCUAUGACAUGGAGCUCUACGAGUGGACCAAGGUGGACAUCUCUGAUGAGGCCCAGAAGGAGCGUGUCAAUGCCAUGAUCGAGGACCAGGAACCCUUCGAGGGCGAGGCCUUGCUUGACGCGAAAUGCUUCAAGUGAGUGUGCUGUAUCCAGAGCUGUUUAGCCCUCUAAUUGGAUGUCUAUGUUGAUCUGGUAUAUCUUGCUAUGAACUGGUUAAAGUUUGUGCUGGUUUGAGAAUUUUUGUUUACCUUGUCAUCAUUUAAGUGUUUCGCCGUAACAAUUUUGGUCAUGUUUUUGAAUGCCUGUUUGUAUUCGCGUCGUAGUUGGGGCUAUUUAUGCAGACUAUCCGAUUUAAG